AUGGCGUCGCUACAGGUGGUUUGGGUGGGCGUGGCACUGACCUUUGUCCUCUGUAACGUCAGUCUUGUGGAAGGCCUGGGGACUCGUGAAAACCCACUCCAUGAGGAACACGGAGCCCCAUUGGACAAGACGAACCCGAAUUUACAUCGGAAGCAGCCUGGCGCUCAGCACAAUCAUGACGCUGACAGAGAUGACCCCAUGACUGAAGACGGAGCUAGAGUUAGAGACGAGAUCACUACAACCAGGUUUGAUGACGACUGCCCCAAUGGGUGCUCGUGUAGUUUUUCCACCGUUGUGUGCUUUGGCGUCCUGGACUCGAUCCCGAAAUUCCCUCCAGAUACCACCCGAUUAGUUCUUUACUACAACAACUUCACACGCGUCCCGUCGAACGCUUUCCCCAACCUAGACAAGCUUGAGUAUCUUAUGAUGCCUUUUGGCAAAGUGGGAUAUAUUGAAAGUAACGCCUUCAGUGGUUUGGGCUCCGUGAUGUUGCUCAAUUUGAGCACAAACUCCAUCGACUCUCUCAUCAGCACCGCAUUCACGGGAUUAGACAACCUGCAGACGCUCGACCUGGUCGCCAACAAAAUAGACUCUAUUGCUGACGGAGCCUUCGAACCGCUGAAAAACCUGAAGUUCCUACUGAUAACACCCGUGUCCUCCCAGUAUCCGUAUAACGCCUUCAACAGUUUGGUCAAUCUCGAAACCUUGUACGUCCAGGACGGCAGAUUUGCCGCCGUUCCUGGCUACGCCUUCUCGACAAUGAAGAAGUUAUCAACUCUCAUCAUGGCAGACAACCCGAACCUGUCUGCGAUCCAUCCAGACGCAUUCGCCCCCGGCACGCUGAAUGAGUCACUGACAAGCAUAGACCUUGACCAUUGUAACCUUCGCGAGAUCCCGUCACAAAUGUUCCGCUUUGUUCAGUCUCUUCAGUCGUAUACCAUAUCCAACAACCCGAUCGGCCAGGUUGAUGACAAUGCUUUCGCAAACCUGCCAAAUUUGCAGUAUCUUAACUUGGAGGGACUUGGCUUGGCAGUUCUGUCCAAAGGUGCUUUCAGCGGUCUUGACAGCAUUCAGAGUAUCAACAUGCAAGAGAACAACCUUGUUACCCUCACUCCGGACCAUUUCAGCAGCCAUGUCCAGACGCUGAAGACCAUGUAUUUGCUGGACAACCCGUGGCACUGUGACUGUGACCUGUGGCGCUUCAACAGAUGGCUGCACACCGAGACUAACAUCACCGUGUACCAGUCACUGAUAUGUGCGAGCCCAGAACAGCUCAAAGGCCAACAACUCGACAAGAUCACUGCAGCUCAGGCAGGUUGUCAUUAA